AGCUUCCGCACGGACACUACGGGUGACUCGGCGCUUGUAACCGCGUCACGCGUGUCCUGCGUGGGCCACUGACAAGCGAAGGACACCGGAGAGCCGACAUGUCCCGGCAGGUGAACACUGCGUGAACGGUGAUGACCGACCCGUGCCGAGAUGACGCGAGGGCCCGGAGCCCGUCAAAGGAGGACGACUAUUUCUGGCGGCUUGAAGCAGCAAGCCAACGCGGGCAAGUCGCACGGCGGCGGGGAGAAAAAACAACCGCCGUGUACCGGUAAGAAGAAUGACGAGACUGCCAGCCGUCCUAAUAAUAACAACGGAAAUCCGGGCCAACAGCCCACUGAUAAACACAACAAGCCGGGAAGUCCAGUGGACGAAAUCGGCGAGGGACUCAGCUGCCACAUCCAACAGGAGUCUCUUUUGAGCUCUGCCAGCGGCUACAGUAACUACAGAGGAAUCCUCAACUGGUGUGUUGUCAUGCUGGUGUUGAGUAACGCGCGACUCUUCCUGGAGAACAUAAUAAAGUAUGGUAUCCUGGUAGACCCCAUACAGGUGGUGUCACUCUUCUUAAAAGACCCCUACAGUUGGCCAGCUGCUUGCCUCAUCAUUGCAUCUAAUGUGUUCAUUUUGGCAGCCUUGUAUACAGAGAGACGUCUGGCUGUGGGAACAGUGUCAGAAACCACAGGCUUGAUUAUUCACAUAUUCAACUUGACUUCACUGCUGAUUUUUCCCUCUGCGACGGUCCUCACGGUUACCUCCGUUACCCCUGUGGGCGGUGUCCUCUCCUUGGUGGUCUACACGGUGCUGUUCCUGAAGCUGUACUCCUACCAGGACACCAACAGAUGGUGCCGGGAGAUCAGACAAGCUAAAGCCAAGAGACUGACUCGCUCUUACUCUUGUCCGUCGGUGGCUCAGUCCAAUGGCUCAGCGUUGCACACCGUCUCCUACCCUGGGAAUCUCACCCACAGAGACAUGUACUACUUCGUGUUUGCACCGACACUCUGCUACCAGCUCAACUUCCCACGCUCGCCCCGGAUACGCAAGCGCUUCCUCCUGAGGCGGCUCUUCGAAAUGCUUUUCUUCAUGCAACUGCUGGUAGGGUUAAUACAGCAGUGGAUGGUUCCGACCAUACAGAACUCCAUGAAGCCGUUCCAGGAAAUGGACUUUUCUAGAAUGGUGGAGCGUCUGCUCAAGUUGGCAGUCCCCAAUCAUCUGAUCUGGUUAAUCUUUUUCUAUUGGUUCUUCCACUCAUCCAUGAACUUCGUGGCUGAGCUGCUGCAGUUUGGGGACCGAGAGUUCUACAGGGACUGGUGGAACUCUGAGAGCGUCACCUACUUCUGGGCCAACUGGAACAUCCCGGUUCAUAAGUGGUGCCUGAGACAUUUCUACAAGCCGAUGCUGAGGAGAGGCGUCAACAAGCUGGUGGCCCAAAGCGCCGUCUUUCUGCUGUCUGCCUUCUUCCACGAGUAUUUGGUGAGCGUCCCUCUGAAGAUGUUCCGACUUUGGGCCUUCAUGGGCAUGAUGGCUCAGGUUCCCCUGGCUUGGUUCGUGGGUCGCUUCCUGAACGGCAUCUACGGCAACGCGGCCGUGUGGAUGUCUCUGAUCAUCGGCCAACCAGUGGCCGUGCUGAUGUACGUGCACGACUACUACGUCAUACACUACAGCACAUAGCAUGGACCAAACCAACUCGGUGGUUCCGUUUUCAAAUCCAUGGCCAAAGAUGGAAACAUGUAGACUGAAGGGGGAAAUCUAAUAAGAAGAACAUUUUUGUCAACUACAAACAAUGCAAGCUUCUAAGUAAACUGUGUAAUAAUACAUGACUUCUGUGUCUGUUGUGUUGCCUUUUUAGUUUUGUGUGUCACCUCUGCAAUAUUGUGCUGUCCUUUAAUUUAAAUCAACAAUUUUUGGGGGGUUGUUUUAUUGAUUUGCUACAGUGGUUGAACAACCGUGAAUGGUUUAGCACUUUACAGAGAUGCAUGUUCUCGACUGGAACCAUAAUAUUUCUACGAAUGUUAUUUUUGUUGUUUUUAAGUGUCCUCCUCUUUACACACUAAACCAGUGUUUCCCAACCUUUAUUGUGCCAAUCCACAUAUUUUAUAUUAAACAAGUAUAUACAGUGUACUGGCAUAGAUAGAUGAACACUGAUACAUUAUUUGUGAUGAAUACAUUUUCUGACCAAUUAAGUGAAAUUGCCUCAUUUCGGCACAGUGUUGUUGGGAAUCACUGAAAUAAACAGUUUAAGAGUUGUUUUUAUCAAACUGAGGUGGGGGCACUCUCCUUGAAUCCUAAACAUUUCAGGGAACGUCAGUAUGGAAUAAAAAAGCAGCAGGGCUGGCAUUCAUUCAUAAUUCAAGAAAAAAAAAAGUGCCUGCUUGUUUUAAUGUUGAUUAAAAGGCCAAAUAAUUGGUAUAUUUGGUGAACCAAUGGAGCUGUAAUAGCCACCGUAAAGUGUAUUUCAUGACGUAUGCACAAAACGAACAUGUAGCUUGGUUAAACUGCCUUUUAAAAAUCUUGUCAGAGAUGUGUAUGAAUGUUUUGUGUGUUCAGGCCAAAGUAAAAAUGAAAUGUUUUGGUAAUGCAAA